CGUUUUUAGCCCCGCCCCCUCGCUCAUUCCAGUUCCCCGUCACGGAGGCGCCCGGCCCAGGCCUGGGGGAGAGGCUCCUCCCCGCGUCCAGUCGCUGUCCUCGGGGUCGCGGAGAGUCCUCGGCAGGACCACCAUCAGAGGUUGAAUUAUUACUGUUGUUUAUUAAACAUUUUAUAAAGGUAACGAGUAAAAAAAGAGAUCCCAUACACUAUGUCUGGUGAAGUUUUUAGCACAACUUUGGCAUAUACAAAGAGUCCAAAAGUCACCAAAAGAACUACUUUCCAGGAUGAGCUAAUAAAAGCAAUUACAGCUCGCUCAGCCAGACAAAGGAGCUCUGAAUACUCAGAUGACUUUGACAGUGAUGAGAUUGUUUCCUUAGGUGAUUUUUCUGACACCUCUAUAGAUGAAAAUUCACUUAAGAAAACAAUAAAUGAUUUCCAGAUAUCAGAUGAUGAAGAAAAUAAUUCUCCUAAACUAUCUUUUUUGAAAACCAAGAAAUCAAAUAGUGACUCAAUGGAAGAGGAGCCAGGCUUAUCUAAUAAAAAAGACGAGGAAAUGGCGCCUGGGAAUUGUGAAGACAGGGUUGUAAAUCCUUUAUCUGAGUCUCAAAAUGAAGACCAGGAAACUGAAAAAGAGAAACUCCAAAUGAAACCUAAACCCAGAAUUCUUCCAAUCAAAAACACAGCUUCAGCAGAAAACAGCAGCCUUGAAGCAGAAAACCACUUCACACCUUCACCUCGGCCAAGGAGCAUGCUGAAAAAGCACAGGCUCCAGGAAGAAAAAGAUGGGCUGGGAGAAGAGAGAGAAACUGCCCUCCGGGAAGAACUAGAGGCACAUCCUGCACCUUCAUCCCUCCCAGAGCUGAAGGACAGACAGCCAGAAGCUGAGGAAAAAACAUUCUCUGAAGACCUUGACCCUGAGCAGGAUCCAUGGUUAACAAGUUUGUCAUCAUCAUCCCUUAAAGAAAGUUUUGGAGAUUCCCUUUCACCAGGAUCUGGGGAAAAAACAUCUAUAAAAGAUCAGAAUGAAGAAUUCACUGAAAACCAUCAUUCCUUGAAAUCAGACAAAAAUGAAGAUAAUUCAUUUUUGAUAGACUUUGUUACUUCUGCACUUGAGAAAUCCAAGGAAGGGCAAGUGACUUCUGAUGACCUUGAAGAAAACAAGGAGAAAGCUAAAUUGGAAAUGAAUGAUGACUUAACUGUUGAUCCACCACUAUCUCAGCAGAAUUUAAGAUCUACCAGUGCAACUGAAUCUGCAAAGAAAACAACUGAAGAUAGAAAUAAGAAGAAUAAACAGUCAGCAAAUAAUAGAGCAUCCAGUGCCUCCGGCAGAUUAAUGACCUCUGAGUUUUUAAAGAAUUCUAGUUCUAUAAGGAGAACUCCAUCAAAAACUACCUCUUCUCACUAUUUAGGGACUUUGAAAGUCUUGGAUCAAAAGUCCUCACACAAACAGAACAAAGAACCUGACAAAGCAGAUAACAUAAGGGCAGCUGUUUAUCAGGAGUGGUUAGAGAAGAAAAAUGUAAAAAUACAUGAAAAGCACAGAAUUAAAAGGAUUGAAAGUGAAAAUUCAAGGAUCCAAAAUGAACAGAAAAGAGCUGCUAAGAGAGAAGAAGCCUUAGCAUCAUUUGAAGCCUGGAAGGCUAUGAAGGAAAAGGAAGCUAAGAAAAUAGCUGCAAAAAAAAGGCUUGAGGCCAAAAACAAGAAGAAAACUGAAGAAGAAAAUGCUGUGAGAAAAGAAGAAGCACAACAUGCUUUUGAAAGAUGGAAAGAAAAAAAGAUAGAAUAUCUUAAAGAGAAAAAUAAAAAGGAAAAAGAAUAUGAAAGAGCAAAGAAACAGAAGGAGGAGGAAACUAUUGCUGAGAAAAAGAAAGACAACCAAACUGCUGUGGAAAAAUGGAAUGAAAAAAAGGAAGCUUUUUUGAAAGAAAAGGGGAAAGAGAAAAUCAGUGAAAAAAGGAAAGAAGAACUGAAAAGAGCUGAGAAAAAAGAUAAAGAUAAACAAGCUAUUGAUGAAUAUGAAAAAUGGCUGGAAAAGAAAGAAAGGCAGGAAAGAAUGGAACGAAAAGUAAAGAAACGUCAUUCCUUUCUUGAAAAUGAGGCACUUCCUCCAUGGAGUCCUCCAAGCAGAACUGUGUUCUCAAAAGUGAUUUGAUAAUUCUACUUCUUACAUUAUUUAGUUAUUAAUUCAGUGAUGUUAGCCAUAGUUUUAAAACUACGUAUCCAGUUAUUUAUAGUUAGAAUAUUUAUUUUAAAUUAAAUGCCAGCCACUUCUGCUGAUCAUGAAAAGGAUGCUUUGGAGCUUCACCAGUGAAAACAUUGAAAGUGGUUUUUGAGCUGUAGAUAAACUGCCUCAAAUUAAAAGCUCUAAUCAUCAGAAUUCUCUUACCUUUAAAAUACCCUUUAUCAUAUGCUGAGGAUUCUUACAAUCAGGUGAUCAGUGAUCACUUUCUCUACACUGUUCAGGUUAUUUAAGUAUGUUUAUUCCCAAUAGUAAAAAGGAAACCAUUUAGUACAAUAACUAUAGAAAUAAUUGUAUUUAUGUAUGUUUAUACAUCUAGAUUCAGGUUUUUAAAUUGAAAGGUUGCUGGGGAGUAUGAAUAUAUUAUUCUAAAAUUGAUCUUUAGCUCGAAGCAGUUGCAUUUGCACUUUGCAAGCUAGAAUUUUGGUCAACUGAGGGAAUAGUUCAGUAGAAUGCUAAUCAUUGCGGCAUUUUAUUUAAGAAUUCUGUCUUAUGUUUUAAUUUGAAUGAGCUUUACCUGUUCUAGGCUUAUGUGACAAUCACAGGCACUUUGUCAUGGGGAGACCUCUGAAAUUUGUCUUUCUAAAUUCUAUCUCGCUUUAUUGUUUGUGAUACUAAAAAGAUAUCCAUUCCAUGGUAGUGAUAUACUUACACAUUAGUUAAGGAAAUGCCACAAGAAUUCAAGGCCAUUAUCACUAUUAUUAUUUUCCAGACUGAAGCCAUAAAAUUGAUGAAAGCAAUUUUUGUCCUUUUAACUAAUCCAGAAUCUUAUAGCUUGUAUUUGGAAGACAGCUGUAUGUAUGAGAAGGUAACUUGUAGAGAAAAUGUCCAGUUUUUAUUUAUUAGAUCUCUGCAUAUCCUUCUAUUUAUUGGACUCAUACUUGAAUUGGUCAGCUAGUUUAUCACAGACCAAGUGAACGCUCUCGGAGUUGAAAUGCUACUUUAGCCAACGUGCAAUGCAAUAAUGGAUAAGAAUAAGCAGUUACUAUUUAUUAAGCACCUAUUUUAUUCUCUCUGCUGAGUAUUUACAAAUGUUAUUUCCAUCUUUACAACAACUCAUCAGGGUAGGUAUUAUUAGUCUCAUUUUGCAGAUACAAUACUGAGACUCAGAGAAAUCAAGUAAGUUGCCACACUCUUAGCAUGUGACUGAGUUGGGAUUAGCUAGACCUGAUUAAGUGGGUCACCCUUCAGAAGCCACAUGCCCAUUUCAUGCUCUCACGUGGCCUCUGAGAAUUUUCUCAAGCCCUUUGUGUUAUAUCAAACUUAAAACACAUUUUACCUCUCAGAUCCUACAAUCACGUAUUAUUAUCCAGAGAUUAUCUUUCCCUUAAGAAAUAGCUGUAGACAUCUAUAAAGUAGAAACAGAAUUCAUAAUAUUUAAGGAUUUAGUCAAAUGCUUUGUAUCUAGGAUUAGAAUGUUAGAAAACCAGCAGGUUAUGGAAUAUAGGCAUUGAGAUAGUCACUCAGGAGUUUCACACUCUGAGAAUUAAUCUUGAUACAGUGAAUAUGCAAGGUAAGAAAGAUGUCAUGGGUCCCUUUGUAAGGUCACAUCAGUGCUACCGACAAAUAAAUGACAUUUUUAUAUAGCCUGAACUAGGAGAAUACUUAAUCAUUACCAGCAACAUGUAUUAUCAGCAUGGAAUUUAGGGCCUCUUACUCAUCUGUGUGUCCCCCAUAGUACCAAACACAGUGCCUACCAGAAUAGAUCAUUCAGUGCUAAUUGCAUCUAACUAGCUGUUCAAAGCUAAAAAUAUACUUGCAAAUUCCAGGAAGUAAAAGGAAAAAUGGAAAAAAGGAUAGCUACUUUUAUGGCUGUGAAAUCAUAAAUGUGUCAUAGAUUUCCCAUUAAUAUUUAUUUCAACUUCCUGAUCAUUUUCUUCUACAUUAUCACAUUUAGUGGGUUACCAUUAUCACCUCUAAGUUGUCAGAUUGAAUGAAAUUAAUUAAUGUAAACAUAUGGCACAUAUGGUUUAUUGAUGUUCAUUUUUUUCAUUAUUGACUACCAUGAGCCCUAUAUUUCCCUAUUUUGUAUGCAUGAGAAGGUUAACAUAGAUGGGGUUGAUAAUGGCUAUUUGACAUAUAUAAGAAGAAAUCUUUGCUUUCCUGGUCAGUCUAGGUCAGUGGUUAGCAAACUGCGGCUCGCGAGCCACAUGCAGCUCUUUGGCCCCUUGAGUGUGGCUCUUCCACAAAAUACCACGUGUGGGCACACAUGUACAGUGCGAGUGAAACUUCGUGGCCCAUGCGCAGAAGUCGGUAUUUUGUGGAAGAGCCACACUCAAGGGGCCAAAGAGCCGCAUGUGGCUCUCGAGCUGCAGUUUGCCGACCACUGGCUAGGUCAUAGCACUCAAAAGAGAAUAUGGAGGUGACCUCUACUUAGGGACCUCCUAAAAAGAAAUCUAAUUUCUUAGUGUUGCUUGUGAGGUAGGAUGAAAAGAGAUAUUGAAAUGUUUGCAAAGACCGAACAAGCAAUUUCCUUCAAAAGAAUACUUUUGUCUUACUUUGAUUAAAAUAUAUAUGUGUAUAAUUUCCUGUUUAUAUAGCAACCAGUGCUGAUUGAAUUAUCUAGUUGAAUGAAGUCAACUCUUCUCCUGUAGCAGAAAUAAAGCUGACUUUUGGAAGGUAGGUGAAAAUAUAGUACUCUUUACCUUCUGAGAUUUCAAGGGGAGAAUCAAGCCUAGUAAUAGUCUCUUGAAUAUAUUCAUCUAUUUAAAGGAUAUAGUUUCCCCAUAUUUCCUUUAAAAGUCUCAAAUAUCAAUGUACAUCAGUGAUUUUUAACUGGUGUGCCACAAGAAUUUUUAAAACAUGCACUACCUGACUAGUCAGGGACACUGACCUCUUUUCCCUUAGAUUGUCAAAUAAUAAAAUGACACUAUGAUAGCCAUCCAGUGUGAAUAAGUUAAAAAGAAUUUUUUUAUCAGGUUGGCAAAACAUUUUUUUUUUUUGGUGUACUGCAGAAUUUUAGUAAUUAGUUUAUGUGUGCCAUGAGAUGAAAAUAGCUGAUGUAGAAAUUUGCUGAUUAAGUUUUCAAUAAUUUAUAAAAUAAGGGAAUUUUAAUUCAAAUUAACAUAGGGUAAGCCUAUAGAUUUUCAGAUUAUUAAAUUGUAUUAUCACUUAAAAAAUGCUGACACUUCAAAGUAAAGAAAAUAGAAAUGUAAUGAAUUUUUUAAAACAUUACCAAAAAAACAUUUCCCUAGAAAUUUAAGUAUUAGUAAUAAAAAGUAAUUUUUAUGCAGAAUUUAAGUUUCAAUAAUCAAGAAAAUAGUAGUGUUACAUAAGUAAACAAACAACAGCAUUUUAGAUCAGAAGGAGGUUUAAGUUUUCUAAAUGAAAGAAAUUAACUGUUCAGGGAUAACAAUAUUCUAGUGGUUUAUAGAGCAUCACAUUUUUCAAGUGACAGUAGUGCACUUACUCUUUUAAAUAGUAUUGAAACGGAUGUUUUUCACUGUUGCCAAAGCAGUAUCUGAGAGUAGCUAGGUGUCCACAGUAGUAUGCAACUUACUAGGUGUACCGGUUAAUAAAAGGAAUGUUAAUAAUUUAAUAACCGUGACCCAAACUUUUUUUCUAAAUUGAAGAAACUGAUUCCCAAAGACUUUGUCUUGCCCAAGCUCACAAAACUACUGUAAGAAAUCUGGAUUAGAACUUAGGUAUCAGGCUUCCCAGUUGUAUUCUGCCCACCAUUUACAAUUUUGAUAAUCUGGUAAAACAUUCACACUAAUUUUUGUGACUGGUCAUUAUUGGUUGAAUUUUAUCCUCUCAGAUGUGCCUUUAUUUUUCCACUAGCUCCAUAACUAUCCACCAGAUCAAAGCAGCUCACCUACCCUACCACUGAUAGUGUGAAGAAAUACUAAAGUUUAAGUCCAGGGUCAUGGGCAGGAGAGAAAAGGAAUUUCACAAAAUAGGAAAAAUUGCAUGCCAGCCAAAACAGUUCCCAAGAGUAAACUAGUACAGGAAACAUAUUUUCCUCUUUUAAUCUUGGCUCUGAUUUCAGGAGUGCUACAUUUAAAAGUAAUUAAACCCAUAUGCUUUCAUUCUACACAAGGCAAACUUAUCAUUUUUCCUGCCUCCUAAGUACAUUGGCUCACAGAAUAAUAAAUGCUUAACUCUCAGAGACCUCUGAAUUCUCUUACUUUAAAAUUCCAGGUGAUUUGAUUAUUUUAAAGUAUAUAUGUUGCAAGUAAUCGUAGAAUGUUAACUUGGGUGAACACAAUUCUUGGUUGUUGACCUUGGAUGUUAAGAAUUAUUUGAGGAGAUGUAUUUAAUGUCUGCUUUUUUAUCUAGCAUAUUUUCAUGUAAUGCUUAAUUAAAGUGAACCAUUCAAGAUUUA